GCCUAGUGACCGAGCGAAACAGAUCGGUGGAGGGGAAAAAAAGGCGACGUUAGUGUCUCGUUACUCUAAACAGCGAGAGCGACAUGGAGGAAGCCGAGGUGGUAGUUUCUCCCGAGGCGGUGGACGAGGCCGCAGCUGUUGUUACCCCUCAGGAGGAGGAGGCGGCGGAAUCGAUUACAGUCGCCGCCACCCCGGCUGUCCUCGAACUAGAGGAGGCUCCUCUUGUGACUGAGGCGGCCAACGAUGAAAGGACGGCGGAGGCCGUGGAGGCCGUGCCUUCCUCUGCCACCGUCGCCGAAGAAGAGCAGCCGCGGCCACAAGGCGAGGGGGAAGCAGAGCUGGAGCCGGUUGCUGCAGAAGAGCAGCCGGAGGGAGCCACCGCGGAAUCGGCGAGCGAAGGCCCAUCAGAAGCGCCGCCAGAGGGACCGGCCUCAAGCGAAGGGCCUGGCGAGGAGGGCGCCGAAGAAGCUACGGUGACGACUGUUGCCUCUGAAGCGGCGACGACGGCGGCGGAGGAGGUGCCUUCGACUCUGUCCCUCGGGGAGCUGCCCACCCACGUCUCCUUCACCGAAGGGGAGCUGCCGGAGCCGCCGCCACUGCAGGUGGGCGCCGAGUUGGGGCGCCGGAUCAGCCUCAGCCUCUGGGAGCUGGAGCACCAGAGGCCGAGCGGGGCCUCGCUGGGACUCGGCUCCAGCCCGGAGAGCGCGGAGUCCUCGGCGGUGGCGGUGGAGACGGAGGAGCAGCUGGCGCAGCGCCUGGCCGAGGAGCAGCUGCGGCGGGAGGAGCUGGUGGAGCAGUACCAGCAGCUGCUGUUGGAGCGGAGCCGCCUCCGCCACUACAACACGAAGCUGCAGGGCAAGCUGGGCGAGCUGCUGAACAAGGCCAAGGGCAAAGAGCCGGCCCGCGCGGAGCUGGAGCAGCACAUCUCGGACAGGGAGCAGCGCUACAGUCGCUACCUGGCCAUGCUGCAGGACAUGCGGCGGGACCAGAGGGGGGAGAUGGCCUGGUUCCAGAAGCAGAUCGAGGCCGUCCAGCGCUCCUGCGACGAGAAACUGGCCAAGAUGGAGACCGAGUGGAAGACCUACCAGGCCAUCAAGAAAGAGGUGGCUGUGUAUACCAUGGGGCGGAGGCUGGGUGGCAGGCACGCUGCCAUCAAGGAGGUGGACCAAAUCCAGGGGAGAGAGGAGAGCAAGGAAAAGGAAGUGACAGAGGUUCGUCUAGAAAAUAUAAAGUUGAAGCACAGGAUCCAAAAACUUGAAGCAAGCCUAAAAGUCCAGGAAAUGUUGGCAGAAGGCCUGCACUUAAUAGACUUUGAGCAGUUGAAGAUUGAGAACCAGACCUACAAUGAAAAGAUUGAAGAGCGCAACGAGGAGCUUCUGAAGCUGCGGAGAAGGAUUACCAACACAGUGCAAAUUCUAUCUCAGGUAAAAGAAAAACUGCAGUUUGUGGAAGCAAGGAAUCAAGAACAAAAAGCGGAACUAAUGGCAAUUGAGGCUCAUGUGGCUCAAAAGAGAGAGAUUUUAACCAAAACCAAACAAGCUCGGGAUAAAUUAAGAAUGGACAAUCAGAAGCUUCAGCAGAAGUGUGGUUUACUUGGGAAUACACUGUUGUUGAGAGAUUUUGAGAAUAAAGUGAGUAUUGCUGAUGAACUCAAUGGGAAGCUGGAUCUACUGAAACAGCGUCAUGCAGUGCUCACCCUCACUUGCAAAGGAGUGAAAAAGAAAAUCAGAGGUGUGAAAUCUUUUCUACCAUUGUGAAUAAUUUCUGCUUGAAGGUAUUGUAUGUACAUGCACACAGAUA